AUGGCGGACAAGCCGGAUAAAGCCCUCUCUUCCACCGCUGCCGCCGCCUCCCCUGCCACGACCAACCCACGCGGCAUCCCCACCGCUCCCUUCGUCGACAAUGUCACCGACUACGUCUCCACGCGCGCGGACGUUGAGCCCACCCUCCGCUCCUUUCAAGAGAUGAUCUCCAAAUACCAGUUCAUGGAACUCAACACUCAGCGCCGCGCCCAGGGCCUCCGCGAUAAAAUCCCAGAUAUCAAAAAGACCUUGGAAACCGUGAAGUUUUUGAGCGCGAGGAAAAAGGUCGGUUUCCCCGCUCCCGCCUACCCCCCGCCGCCUACCCCAACAAAGCGCUUGAAGUACAACGGGGGGCUAAACGAAGGAUGA